AGACAGCAACGGAAUAGCUCGGUUUAGUGUAGUUUAGCUUAGGUUCGGUUUUGCUUGGACGGAACAACCAACAACCGACGACCACUCCACGCAGCUCCCAGCCGUGGACGACGACGCGCUCCAAGUCCAGUUCCCCACCUCCAUCCACACUAGCCUUCGCUUCGUUUAGCUUAGCUUUGCUAGAUCUCGCCGGCCGCCUUGAAUUCUUUUCUCGGGCCCCUCUCUAGCUAUAGGUCGGCAGAUCUGCGCCUCCCGGAAAUCUCCUUUGCUUCCACCCAAAGACUCGAUUCUUUUCUUGCCGGCUUGAUACAAGAACUCCCCUUUGCUGAGAUUGCUCCCGGAUCGUACGGUUGGGGGCCCAGGAUGAUGGGUCCGGGGUGGUGUGCCGUGGUGGUGCUGCUGGCCAUGACGGAGGCGGCGGCGGGGAGGUUCGUGGUGGAGAAGAAUAGCGUGCGGGUGACCUCGCCGGAGGGGCUAAAGGGAAAGUAUGAGUGCGCCAUCGGCAACUUCGGGGUGCCGCAGUACGGGGGCACCUUGCACGGCUGGGUCGUCUACCCCAAGGUCAACAGGCAGGGUUGCAAGGAAUUCGACGUCUCCUUCAAGGACAAGGAGCACAGGUCCGGAGCACGCCCCAACUUCGUCCUCAUCGACCGCGGAGAAUGCUUUUUCACAACAAAGGCGUGGAAUGCACAAAUUGCUGGAGCUGCAGCCGUUCUGGUUGUGGAUAGCAAGGAUGAGCCUUUAAUCACAAUGGACAACCCAGACGAUACUGGCACAAAGCACUUAGAAAACAUCACUAUUCCCUCGGUGCUUAUAACAAAGAAACUGGGUGAGGACCUUAAGAAAUCUGCUGAAAAAGGUGAAAUGGUUAGUGUCCUUCUGGACUGGAGGGAAUCCCUUCCCCAUCCCGAUGAGCGUGUAGAGUAUGAAUUCUGGACAAACAGUAACGAUGAGUGUGGUCCUAAAUGUGAUAUGCAAAUGGACUUUGUGAAGAGCUUUAGAGGAACUGCACAAGUCCUUGAGCAGAAGGGUUACACCCAGUUCACUCCUCAUUAUAUUACAUGGUAUUGUCCAGAAGCUUUUGUCGUGAGCAAGCAAUGCAAAUCCCAGUGCAUCAAUCAUGGGAGAUAUUGUGCACCGGAUCCAGAGCAGGAUUUCAACAAAGGAUAUGAUGGAAAAGAUGUUGUGUUUCAAAAUCUACAUCAAGUUUGUGUUUUUAAGGUUGCUAAUGACACUGGCAAGCCAUGGUUGUGGUGGGAUUACGUACAUGACUUUGCCAUUAGAUGCCCUAUGAAGGAGAAGAAAUACACACAUGAAUGUGCAAGUCAUGUUAUUAAGUCACUUGGGUUAGACAUUGAGAAGAUAGACAAGUGUGUUGGAGAUCCUGAAGCAGAUGAGGAAAACCCAAUUCUAAAGGCAGAACAAGAUGCCCAAAUUGGUCAUGGUAAACGAGGCGAUGUCACUAUACUGCCAACCCUUGUCGUCAACAACAGGCAAUACCGAGGUAAGUUGGACAAAGGUGCGGUGCUAAAAGCAAUCUGUUCAGGAUUUGAGGAGACAACUGAACCCACUAUUUGUUUGAGUGAAGAUGUUCAAACAAAUGAGUGCUUGGAGAACAAUGGCGGUUGCUGGCUUGACAACGAUAAUAACGUCACUGCUUGCAGGGAUACCUUCCGUGGGCGUGUUUGUGAGUGCCCUAUUGUCAAAGGUGUCAAAUUUGUUGGUGAUGGGUACACCAAUUGUGAAGCUUCCGGUAUUGGGAGGUGUGAGAUCAACAAUGGAGGAUGCUGGAAGGAAACUAAAAAUGGGAAGACAAUAUCUGCCUGCUCGCAUGAAGAAUCUAAUGGUUGCAAAUGUCCAGAAGGUUUCAAGGGUGAUGGCAUAAAAAGUUGUGAAGAUAUUGACGAAUGCAAAAUGAAAACUGCCUGCCAGUGCACUGGCUGCAGCUGCGAAAAUACAUGGGGAAGCUAUGAAUGCAGUUGUGCUGGUGGUGACAGUAUGUUAUAUAUGAGAGAGCAAGACACUUGUAUCAGCAAACAGGCUGUCUCCUCUGUCGGCUGGAGCUUCAUGUGGGUUAUUUUCUUCGGGCUUGUUUUUGCUGGGGUCGGAGCAUAUGCAGUGUACAAAUACAGGCUGCGGAGUUACAUGGACUCGGAGAUCCGUGCCAUCAUGGCUCAGUACAUGCCUUUGGACAGCCAAGAAGGAGCAAACCAACAACAGCAUGUCGCUCAUGCUGGUGAUAUCUGAAAUGACACUGCUUUUGUGGAGGAACAAAGGAACACGCAGCAUAUCAUCGGUGGUGUCGACUUUACAGAGGUCAAGAUAAACGGAAAGAUACGGUUUGUGUGAGCAAAGAUUUGAUGUAAUGAUUCUAGGAGUUAAAACUGGUGUGCACACUCAUUUUGCAAACAGCAUAGGCGAUAUCAUCACAAUGUUACCCCUUUGUAGGCUCCGGUCAUUCGCUCGGACUCACUGUUCUUAUCGCAUAACACGUGUCAACAUCCUGUAAAUACUUGUUGUUCAGACUAGAGAACUUCCUAUGCCCUUAUAUCUGAAUAAAUCCGGAGUCUACAAGAGGUAUACCACAAACUUUUGCCAUUU